AUGCACUGCGUGGUGCGCCACGUGCGCCGCGUGCGCCAGGUGCGCCACGUGCAUCUCGGCACAGAUGGCGCUCUCGUUCGGCUGAAGCGCGGCCUCAUUGUGGCCGAGGCCGAGCGCUGGCGCCGAAACUCCCAGCUGGUCACCGACACGCUGCAGCAGAUGCUGGACACGGGCGAGGUGCGCGACCUCUUCCAGCGGCCGCUGGUGAGCCUCUUCUGGCGGCUCGUCACCGGCCGUCGGCUGCCAGCCGCGCAAGCCGAGCGCCUGGCGGGUCUCCUGCGCGACGAGCUCGCCGCGCUCGGUAACCCGUGGGUCGAAAACCGGGUGCUGCGUAGACUCUUCCCGGAGCGCAGCGGCUGGGCGGCGACGCUACGCUUCCGCGACGAACUGCGGGGCGCCGGCUGGAGCCCGGCCAACGACGAGGACCUCGUCAUGAUCCUGUUCGACUUCCUCAACGGCGGCACCGAGCCUGCGCAGUCGCUGCUGGAGACGCCGCACACUGUGCACGGCUACCGCGUACCGCGUGACACGGUCAUCAUCUACGGCAUCCUGGCCGGCCACUGGGACGGCACGCUCUGGUCGCAGCCGGAGCAGUUCAGACCGGAGCGCUUCCUGCGCGAGGACGGCGCGUUCGCGGCCGGUGACAAGUUCGUGCCGUACGGGGUCGGCCCGCGCCGCUGCCCCGGCCGGCGGCUCGCCGACGCGCUCGCGCUCGGGGUCGUGACCCGGCUCGUGCGUCAGUUUGAGCUAACACCGCCCGACGGAGCGCCGCCGCCACCCGAGGAGGUGGCCGUCGUGUUGACACGGCGCUGCGGACCGUUCCAAGCGCACUUCCGACCGCGGUGA